UCGCCCGACAUCCUCCAGUCGGUUUCCGUUAGAUUUGGGAAGGAGAUGAUCAGAGUUUGUGUUUUACAGAUGAAUCGUCCACUGUGACCGUGAUGGACGAGAGUCGACAAAACAAGACCGAGGACUGUUAGAAUAAUGCUUCAGCUGCCUUAACGUGCUUUAUAAUGGCCAUCAGGGAACUGAAAGUUUGUCUGCUCGGGGACACAGGUGUGGGGAAAUCAAGUAUUGUGUGUCGAUUCGUUCAAGAUCACUUUGACCACAACAUCAGUCCAACGAUAGGUGCAUCUUUUUUAACUAAGACCGUCUCCUGUGGAAAUGAACUUCACAAAUUUCUGAUCUGGGACACCGCAGGGCAGGAACGGUUUCAUUCGUUGGCUCCAAUGUAUUACAGGGGCUCUGCAGCGGCCGUAAUUGUUUAUGACAUCACAAAACUCGAUUCUUUCCAGAUGUUGAAAAAGUGGGUGAAGGAGCUGAAGGAACACGGGCCGGAGGAUAUAGUCGUGGCCAUAGCAGGAAAUAAAACCGAUCUAGGUGAUAUCAGGGAAGUUCCGACUAAAGAGGCGAAAGAUUUCGCAGAGUCCAUUGCAGCCAUAUUUAUGGAGACCAGCGCCAGAAAUGCAGUAAACAUAGAGGAGUUGUUUCAGAAAAUCAGUCGACAGAUCCCUCCACUGGAGAACACAGACGCUGACAGCCACGACUCCUUUAAACUGACACAACAGCCUCCUCCCUCCAGACGCUGCUGUUAGACAUCCAUCCAGUCACUACAACAUGAUCUCCUGUGGUAUUUGGCCCAUGUGAUACAUAGAUUAAAAUCACAAUACACACAAAUCAAUAUGUUUUAAUAUAGGAGUCUGUUAACCAGAUGUGGAUAUGGUCACAUGAUUGACAGACAUACAUAUUACAGUAGGAA